CUUCAGGUCCAGGAGGGUUCUGAAUGCAGUUUGUCGGUCCAGUGUGGUUGAGAUAUGGCAGAAGAUCAGUUAAAGGCAGACGCCUCGGCUGGGGAGGGGGAGACGGAGCCCAGCAUGCUGCUGCAGAAGCUUAAAAGCAACAUUUCUAAAAAUGUGCAGGGCAAAGUGGACAAAAUUUUGGAAGAUGUACAGCGUUUCUCUGACAACGACAAGCUCUACCUUUAUCUACAGCUACCCUCAGGUCCAGGUGCAGGCGAGAAGAGUGGUGAUUCAAACUCGGUCAACACGGCAGACCAGCUUCACACCUGCAACUGGAUCCGUAGCCACCUGGAAGAACAUCCUGACACAUGCCUACCUAAACAAGAUGUUUACGAGACAUACCGGAAGCACUGUGACAACUUACAGCAUCGGCCUCUAAGUGCAGCAAAUUUUGGCAAAAUCAUCCGAGACAUCUUCCCAAACAUUAAAGCACGAAGACUGGGUGGUAGAGGGCAGUCCAAAUACUGCUAUAGUGGGAUACGUCGAAAGACCGUGUUAAACAUGCCAUUACUGCCCAACCUGGACCUAAAAAAUGACCCGUCUGAACUGACAGAACUGGUGCAAACCUACAAGCAAGAGGUCACCGAAGCAGCCUGUGAACUUAUCUGUGACUGGGCCCAAAAGAUCCUCAAGCGCUCUUUUGACACGGUGGUAGAAAUCGCACGGUUCCUCGUACAGGAGCACAUCGUCAACCCACGCUGCAGCCAGGCCGAGCUCGUCACUUCAGCUGCUCUGGCAGGCGGAUCCUCCAAACCUCAUAAAGUAAUCAAAAAGAUUCCAGCAGCUUCCCGAGCAGAAGAAGAUAAUGUCACUGGAGAAAAUAAGCAAAAAGAGAAAGACGGUGUGGACCAGCCACCAUCCAGUAAGCAGCAGGUCAGUGAAAAACCAACCAAUAAGGUUGAGUCUGCUCGAGUGGAGGCUUAUAUGAAGAAGCUUCCUCAGCUCCUUCCCAGAGGCACCAUUCCAGAGAAAACCUCCCCACCGUGUCUCGCACCAGCCGAUUCGGGCAGCGUUCAAGUCACUCUACCCAUCACAGUCACAACGAUACCCUCUCAACCAGGCGGCACCGUCCCUGUUAUGAUUCUGCCAUCAGGCAUGAGUCUUUCUUACCCAGAGCGCGAGAAAACAUCCGUCACGGUCGCCACUUCUGCUGCUCCGACUCCAGUCGUCCAGAGAGCGCGACCGGCGGCUCCAAAGCGUGGCCCUGACCCCACCACCUCAGUGUCAGCUGCUGGUGUUGCUCCGAAACGCAAAAGAGGACGUCCCAGAAAGCAAAGGCCAGAAGACAUGGCACCGCAGCUGCCGUCAGCCCCAAGCUCAAAUCCGAAUCCAGCUUUGCUCACGAGAGGAGUGAUCCAAAAGGCCUUGCCUUCCUGUGCACCCGCCGUUCCUUCUCAGUUGGUGGAAAUUGUGAUCCAGGACCAGCAAGGCUUGAUGCUUAGCCAACUUCCGACCAUCCAGGAAGUGACAGAUGCUGAGCAUAGAGGUGUAGUGGUGCAAUGUCAACCUGCAGCAGAACCUGAGAAGCAGCAGUCCGUCCUGCUAAUGCGAGGGCCCAACCAACCAGGUUACGAGCUGAGCCGCAGGAUGGUCAUCCAGCGUGCGCCGUUAUCCAGAGAAGGAAGGCCGGCUCCCCAAGAAGUGCCACAGUCCACCGUUACGUACCUCCCGCCGGCGAUGUUAUUAGAAGACAGAGGAGAAGUGGAAAUCACUCUGACUCCUGUGGAGCCACAGGUCGAUUCCAUGCCAAACUCAGCAAGUAUUCCCAGCUCCUUCGGUUCCUCGUUUGGAGAAACCCCAUAAGCAGACGCCCCGUAACAGCAGCACAGCACCCGACUCCCUGAUCUCAAUGUGCAAUGCUUUUCCAGUGCUUCUGUGAAUUGCAUUCUAGCUUGUAGUCAAACUGAGGUGUACCAUCUUGGCUGAGCUUGACUGGGUGUGUCUGCCUUCUGUGUAAAAUGAUGUAUAGAAGUACAACCUGUCAUUGUUGCCUUCAAACAGCAACUACACUCAUUUUCAUAUGAUUAAUACGAAAACAUAAGUGAAUUCCUGUGAAGAGAUUAUGAAUUUAAGUGGCCUAGAACAAAAGUUUUUACAAGAAAGAGUGAAUUUUAGAGUAGUGAAAACUGAAACGAAGGAAUAUAAUCACAAAUAACAGUCCCAUCUGGUCCAGCUCAGUUAUAAAAUGAAAGGACAUCAAAAAAAAAGAUAAAUCAUCCAAGUUACCAAGGAACUGCUUACCAUAUGUUGGCGUUUGUCACCAUUCUCAGUGCCAUAAGAGGGCAGUUGGUCUUUUUUGCUCAAACCGUCUUUGCAUGUUUGUGUUUGUGAAACAUGAAUUGAGACAUUUGCGUGUGUUUUCUAGCUGUUCAAAUGACAAAGAGUGGUAUUACGGGUUUGCAACUUCAGGGUUCUAAAAAAGUCCCUCCCUCGCCCUGUGAAUGGGUUUAAGAGUUCGUUUUUUUUUUUUUUUUAGACGUUGCAAAUAACAGAUACACAAACUUCUAAAUGACUACAUCGAGUUGCUGUUGUGAAGGUCGAGAACACACUACUGGUUCAGAUGGUGCACAGUGUAGGUGGAUGGAAAAACUAAGACCUCUAAAGUCCCUUUAAAUAUGCAAAUGAGGAUUCUUCUCAAAGCCCCGCCCCCUGCGUUCAGGUCUGUUCAGUCGUUCUCGUACAGCAACGUUAUUUAGCACUUAACAGAUGUAAAUAGUUUAUCCGUCAGCCCAGAAGAAUAUCUUCAUAGGUAAAGCAUACCAGAGCUAAUAAAACGGUUUAUUUUCCAAAUGUAUAGCCGUCGUCACUAUAUUGCUAAUAUGGAAUAUUACUAUUAGUUACUAGUAAGGUGUGCACUGUCACCCUAAAAGCAUGUACAAAAAAAAAUGAGAAGUUAAGAUGUUAAAUUUCUUAAAUUUGAUUAUAUUGUUUAAAUUUAAACUGAAAUAUGUACUAUUUAUUUAUACAAAUUUUAGAAAGCUUUAGCCACAACAGCAUCCUUUUGUGUAGAUUAUCAUGUCUCAAAGGAGAAUUUUGCUCUAUUUUUAUAGCCUUAAAUAAUUUUUGCUAGUUGUUUUCAGAUAUUACACUUGAUCUUAGCCAAAAGUUAAAAAAUAAUAAUAAUUUGCAAUUAAAAUUAAUAUUUUUUUUAUUUGGAAGUAAAUAAUUAAUAGAAUGGAAAAAUAGAUUUGUUUCUAGUAGUUUUAUUAUUAUUAUUUGAUGCGCUUUAUUCAAUUUUAAAGUUAUUGAAAGGCUAUGAUUUAGGGGGGAAAAUCUCCUUUAAGGUUAAAGCUCGACAAAGGCUGUUGAUGGUUACUAGAGGUUUAAUAGGCACUUAAUUUAAAAGCAAAGCCACUCCGAUUAUUUAUAAAGUGAUUUGAAAUCAGAUGUAGCUAUUUAUUCAAAUAUUGUAGUUAUAUAUUUGAGAUGGGAAAUGACUAGAAGUGAUAAUUUUACAAUGGAGAAACGGUGCUUUAAAAAGCUAAACGGGUUUAACAAACAACACAAAUGAUUGUGAUUCACAUGGCAGUGAUUUCACCGAUCUGACUGCACUUAUCCACUGCUCACUGGUGCUGAUUCUGAGUAGAAUUACUAUGGUACAAUGAUGGCAAAAUGGCAACUGGCUGUCAGACAGCCUGCGAGCGUUGCGUCAGCAUACAUUACAUGUAGGAAAUGAAAUAAAUGUGCUAUAAAUGCCAUGUUUAAUUCUCAAUAAACACGGCUGCUUGAUUUACUCAAGGGUUUAAAGUUUGACUCCAGCCAAAAUUAAUGGAAAUCUUUUUUAUAAUUACUUGAGCUUUUAUUUUGAACAUUGUGAUCUUGUUAGGGCCUGUUGCUUUUGUUCAUUUGUGUUCAUUAUAAUAUAUUCCCUCUAAAAGGAAUCCAGAUUUAGGAAUCAUCUGAACAUUUUUGGAGAAAGUGGCAUCACAUCACUUGCUCACCAGUGGAUCCUCUGCAGUGGAUGGUUGCCGUGAGAAGGAGAGUCCAAACAGCUGAUUAAAAACAUCGCAAUUAACAUCUUGCGAAGUGAAAAGCUACAUGCUUGUAAGAAACAAAUCCAUCAUUAAGACAUUUUUCACUUAAAAGCCAUCACCUCUGGUCAAAAUUCGGACUAAUUCAUAAUCCAUUAUGAUGCUUUCUCCUGUGAAAAAGUCCAUCCUCUGUUGCUGUCACAACACACAGUUUUCUGUUGUAAACGGUGCAUGAUCUGUGCAGAUUUCUUUCCUGAUUCAGAUGAGACCAUUUUUUUAAAGUUAAAAAUAUCUUGAUGGAAUUGAUUCAUACAAACAUGGUGCUUUUUUGACAAGAAAUUAAUUAAUGGACUGGAGUCAUGUGGAUUAUCGUGAUGUUUUUCUCAGCUGUUUGGACUCUCAUUCUGACGGCACCCAUUCACUGCAGAGGAUCUAUUGAUGAGCAAGUGAUGUAAAGCUACAUUUCUCCAAAUCCGUUCUGAUAAAGAAGCAAAUCUCAUCUCGGAUGGCCUGAGGAUGAGUUCAUUUUUGGCAAACUAUAUUCCUCUACAGGCACAGUUCUAAUCUUCUGCCUCAUUUGCAAUCUUGAGAUUUGAAUACUAAUAUUAUAUCUUAAUAUCCUAACAGCAGCAAUUCAGUAUCCUGUUAAAUAAAAUAUCAGACUUAGGAUCUUAAAAAAAUAAAAACACAUUAAGAAGAAAACUUUUAAUUUACAUUAAUAAACUGCAAACAGUUAAAGAAAUAAUUCAUUUUGACCAUUCUAGAUUGCAACAUUCACAAGAAUGACUGAACAGUGAGACGUUAGAUUUAUAUGAAUCUAGCAAAUUGCAUAAUGAUGGAGUGAAUAAUCGGAUCUGUAGCUGUAAAGUGCUUGAAAGCAGUUUGGGCAUAUGAUAAUUUAUAUCCAUUUAUGGAUAUGCUAUUCGUACUCUCAGUCCAUUGACAAUGUCAUUUUUGUUGUUGUUGCAAGUACAAUGUCACGCCACAGAAAUGUAACUUGUUCAGUACAACAUAGUGCCUCAUACAAACCCACUGUGCUCUGUAAAUAUCCAUUUUCUUCGCAUUAUUUAUAAGGUUGUGAUUUCGCUCUGAAGCAUUGAGUGGAUUAUAUGUUUCAAUCUUUGGAAAAGGCUCUCAAAACUGUUGCCCUCGAAAAGAAGGAAAACCAAAACGACACGCUGAUCUCAAUGGUUGUGUCGAGCGUGUGUUGUAAUUACCCAUCAGUGUUGCUAAUUCUCAUGUUUUUAUUGUGACAAACUCAAAAGAAACCAAUUGCGAACGUGUCUAGCACGUUAACAUCUCACCAUGUCAUGUAGAAUUGUUAAUUAGUCGCGAGAACCCCGUUGAAUUUGCAUAAGUGUUCAUUUGUUGUGCGUGUCAGUACUAUGCCAUUUCUAUCAUAGACAUCUAACAUGUCUAAUGUUAUUAUCCGAUUACCACCUUUUUAAGUCGGUCCAUGCAUGGUUUGUGUAUUGAAUAUGUUUUUAAAGAGUUGUUACAAAAGAUCUGAUAUUCGUUUGGAGUUGCGACGUUUCUUUCGAAAAUAUUUGAACCCUGGUGUUUGUCUUGCACUUUAAUUUUCUUAACGGAAAGCACACAGGGGGAGAAAAAGAUGAAAUGCAGCACCUUGUAUGUUAUUUGUUUUCGUACUUAUGAGGUCUUCUUUUUGAAAAGUUCUGCUUUUUUGUAUUUCAUGUGUUUUUUCAUGUUAAAACUGUUCAAUUGGACAUCUUCCAUAUAUAUAUAAAAAAAGAGAAAUAUCUGACUGUGAGCACAUUUUCAUAAAUCGGCACUAAUAAACAAUAUGUAUGAUGUGUUUCUUUA